GAUCCCCUGUCGCGGAGAGGGUGUUUCCGGCGGACCGCGUUAAUGUGACACAGCGUCGAGUGCCCGCUCGCCCGCGCUUUUCAGGCUCCAGCAUUUCCCUCGGAAGGUUCUGUUGUCGGUAUCGUUGGUGUUUGUCCAGCGGUGGUGGUGCUUUUGUCAAUGUCAAAAUGCCGUAGGUAUCUCCUCCCCAGUGUUAAAAGAUCACUGAAACUGGAUGGUUUGUUAGAAGAAAAUUCAUUUGAUCCUGCAAAAAUUACGAGGAAGAAAAGUAUUACAACUUAUUCUCCAACAACUGGAACUUGUCAAAUGAGCCCAUUUGCUUCUCCCACAAGCUCUAAUGAACAAAAGCACAGAAAUGGACCAUCAAAUGGAAAGAGAAAAAGAAUGAAUGACCUCACUUUUACUAAAAGAAAGGAAUCUACAACAGAAGACAAUGAUGAAUUUAUGACAUUGCUAUCUAAAGUUGAGAAAUCGUCAGAAGAAAUCAUGGAAAUAAUGCAAAAUUUAAGUAGUAUACAGGCUUUGGAGGGCAGUAGAGAGCUUGAAAAUCUCAUUGGUAUCUCCUGUGCAUCAUGUUCCUUAAGAAGAGAAAUGCAGAAAACGAAAGAACUAAUGACAAAAAUAACAAAACAAAAACUAUUUGAAAAGAAGAUUUCAGGACUUACUAACAAAGAAUUGUGUCAUCUUGACAGCUAUGAAUUCCUUAAAGGCAUUUUAAACUGAGGCAUUUAGAAGAAAUGCAUUAACUAUGAACACCAGCUUCUGCAUCUGCGUGAUCAUAUUUAAAGGAACAGAAGAAAUGUUUGUAAUUAAUCUGCCCAGUAAAUACCAGAUCAUAGCACUAGGCAGGUGCGUGUCUAGAUAAAAUUUCUUGCAGCUAAUUUAAACUUUCUACACACACCAGUAUAUAAUCUCAAUGUAAAUAAUACAUUUCUUCUUGACCCUUUAAUGUAUGCCAACACAUAGAAAAGGAACUUAUAUACUUUAUCACGUACACUUAGCUAUGUAUUUUAAAACUCAGAUUAAUGGUGAGUGGAAUUAGGUACCAUUAUUCCCAUUUAAAGCCCCAGAUGUAUUAGUUAAAUAAAUUAUCUAAUUAUGCAUUGACUAGUAGCAAUUAGGUUUUUUUUUUAACUUAUAAAAUGUAUCUAGAAGUUUAUUGUGAGCUACUGUGUUAGGGAUGAGUUUUUAUUAUACUCUAUUUCAAUGCUUGUAGAGAAAAAAAUACGUUUUCUAAGUUUUAAAAUUUUCACACUCCUUUUAUAAAAUAUUAGAAUGCAUCUUUUCAGUGGAGACAUUUAAAAUAUGAAGUUGUUUUUGCACUAAACUACACAGAUGACACCGAAUUUAAAAGAAAAGACCUUUUUUAAAAGGCUGUAUGUGAUCUCCAAAUUAUUUUGAAGCAUUAAUUUAAAUUUUCUACUUUUCCAUUGUGGUGUUUUGUAUCAUCAUCUAUGCUGUUACAAAUAAAGGAGAAGCUGGAAUUACAGAAUGUUUUAUCACAUUAACACAGUUUUUUGAAACUUUUAUACUUAGACCAUUUAUUUCUUCAGAGAAAAGAGUGCAUUUCCCCUUGUUCUUGCCCUAAGUCUUGACAAAAUUUUUAAAGAUGUUACCAUGUCAUUUGAUUCAGUGUAUCAUGAAAAUAAAAAUACUACAUGAAAAUAUGAAACAAAAUUUAACAUACUAAGAUUGAAAGGAACUAAUUUUCCAUUUAGAGAAAUUUCAGAUUUACCCUUAAAAUGAAAAUGAGUUAAUUUUAACUAUUAAUUUAAAUGACCUAGAAACUAAACAAUAACCCAACUAUUAAGCCUAGUUGCUUUCACUGUUUUUAUUGGCACUAUUUAAUUAUUUUUAAAGAUAUUGUUAAAUGUACUUUGUGAUACUGUCCUUAUAAUAGAACAUUACCUAAAAUAUUCCAAAAAAGAUCAUUCCUUUGUGUUCUAAGCAUUGAAAACUAACCUUAGAAUGUAAGCCAAACAUAUAAAGAAACCUACAUUGUUAGUCAGGAAAUAAAGGAUUAAGAAGUAGAUUGGUCUCAUAUGUAAUCCAAGGUAUGUAGGUAUGUGUGUAAUGCUAUUAAAUCAGUUACUGAAGUUUGACCUCUUGAUAUUCUAAGCUUUUGCCUUUCAGAACAGCUGGGUCUAAGAAUCAUUUCCCAGUUCUCUUCAUUAUAGAUCAGAUGACUCUCGCUUUAUCACCCUUGGAGGCCACAUGAAGGACAAAGCAGAAAGACCCACACACAAAACUAAUGUUUAUAAGGGGGGCGGGGUGGGUGCUUCACAGAGAAAGUGGGGGAUACACUUGGCCCUGAUCUUCCAAUGAACAUAACAGAAGAGACACCAAUUGACACUUGAAACCAUUGCGUUACUCCAGCCGUUACUUAGUUACAUCCUAUCCAUCUUUUACUCUUUCUGUUGAACAGAGAGGCUCCUCUGGCUGCCUUGACUUUUGUAAAUGUUUCACUCACUUAGUUGUGGUUUAUCAUUUGGACAGAAUGCUACAUCUGGGAUUUUUCUCCCCUCUCUAUGCCCUCCAGAGAAAAUGACUUCUGUAUGCCUUAUAUUUGAUACAUGAACAUACACCCUUCAUUUUAAGGAGCAAACCUAUGAUUAUUGGCAACAGAAAACUGCAUCUCUCAGAAUGGUCCUUCCCUCUAAAGUGAACUUGAAAAUAACUUAGAAGGGCUCAUUUUUUGACAGGUAUAUUAGUGAAGAAAAUGAGAAAUCUUUAAUAUAUUUGUACAACCUAAAUAUCUCUAUUAAACAUCCCAAAUAAUCCUGAGUGUAGCUGAGAGAAGUGCUUUGCAGUUACCUAUUUCUGUGAUCUUAAUUCAUCACUGGACAUUUUUGGAAUUUUGGAACCUAAACUCUCAAAGUUCAAAGUGGACUCUUAAAUUGGUUUCUCAAAGUUCAAAGUGGACUCUUACUUAAACAUGUAAGAGAUACUUAUAAUUGCUACAUGUCUCCUAAACUACAGUGUAACUUGAUAUGAUUAGAUUAAGUCACCUGGAAAAUGUUUUAUUUAUAGAGAAUUUACCUAUGAAACACCCUGAGUAUAGGUGCAUUCUAUUUUACUAAUAUUUAUAUAAUACUUUUCAAAUAAUGUUUCUCUAUCCCAAUUAUUUACAAAUUAGAACUUCCUCAUCACUGAUUUAAAUCAAUAUCCUGUGUUAAAUGCAAGUAUGCUACUACAAAAAAUAAAAAAAUAAGACCACACCAGCCAGCCAAGAUGCUGACGUUUGGGCACAGUGAUUACAGAUGGUGACCAUGGACAGGAAUGUUCCUGCUGAUUCGGCAGUGAUUCAAGGCUGUUUUUGAGUACUGGCCUGCCCUUUGAGUCUUCAUGUACAUUUGCUAUGAGAAAGAAAUACUUCUUGAUUUUUUCUUUGUCUAAACCCGCUUCCUUUAUCAGACUUAGAAACACCUACCCUUUGCAUCAGCCUGUGGCUGUCCAUGUCUAGAGCCAAGUUUUCUUUAUGUGUGUAUGUGUUUGGCUUGCAUUGUUUUAAAAUAUAUCACCACUUAGUGAAUACGCUUUGAUGGAUGUCUUAAGAAAGAAAUCUGUCCAUUAAAAAUAUGUUAAUAGGAAAA